GAAAAGAAAGACAGUGACUGGAGUUUCCAACAGGAAAAAAAACCCCCACUGCUAUGUUCGACGGGCUCGCCCGGGCCAUUCAGGCCUAUCGCCCAGGUCGCCCGGAAUCUGGCUGGUUUUUUGCCGGCCUGGCAUCAUCUUUCCCCAACAUUGACAACGACCAUGAGGGCUCCCUGGCGGAAAAGAAUAUACCGGCACCCUGCGAACCUGCCGGGGGAUCAACCACCGCAUCGAUACCAGCCUGCAAGGUGUUCCGUGUCCCGCUGCCAUCGGGGCCAAGGGGAAAUGCAGAGGCGGAGGCUGUACCACUUACGGAAGCUGCCGAGGAAGGAGCGGAUCUGCGGAACCAGGUGCUUGUUUUCCAGUACCGGGGAAAGUUUCAUGCUGUUGAUCAUCAAAAGCAAUGUCCACAUUCUUCCUUCCCUCUAUCGCGGGGAUCCCCUUUUGACAUUGAGGAUUUUGGAGUAGUCCUGAGCACGGGCAUUGCAUGUCCAAAGCACGGGUGGUCGUUUGAUUUAUUCUCAGGCCAAGGAGACCGUGGGAGCUACAGACUAAAGAUUUGGGAGGUCGAGCUAAGAGAUACCGAUAAGGGGCUAAAUUCCACACAAGAAAAGGAAGUAUGGGUUCGAAGAAAACAGAGAAUUGGGUAA